AUGUUGCCAUUUAAAUUCACCAUUGUACAUGUAGCCGGCAAGAAGAAUUUGGGACCUGAUGCUGCCUCCAGACACCCCGUUGGAAAAGGUGACCUGAUGCCACUGCCAGGUGAACCAGAGGAACUCAAAGAUUUCUACAGCCGAAGCGAGCUCCGUCGCACAACCCUGUUAAGUCUCAGUCAACACACAGUUGAUGACGACAUGGCCAACGAUACAUCUCUCAGUUCUGCUGCAGCCGCAACCAUCAACUCAGUGUCGCCAGUUAUCACAUGGGACAUGGUACGAGAAGAGACUGCCUCUGAUAGAGUAUCCAGAAUGCUUAUUGAGCAUAUACAAGACGGAUUCCCAGAGGACUGUAGAAGCGUGCCAGCAGAGGUCCGCCCAUUCCAGAAAUUUGCCAAUAGCUUAAGCAUAGUUGAUGGUGUUAUACUGAUGGGACACAGAAUCGUCAUUCCUGCAGCACUGCGUGAGCCAAUAUUGGAAGCCCUCCACUCCGCUCACCAAGGAGUCAGCGCUAUGCGUGCCAGAGCUGUUGAUUCUGUCUAUUGGCCUAAUAUAUCAAUUGACAUAUCGCGAAUCCGAGACAGUUGUGGGCAUUGUCAUCGAAUGGCAAAGUCCAACGCUAUGCAACCCCCUGCAGACAUAACUCCACCUGAUUACCCAUUCCAAAAGAUUUGCAGUGACUAUUUCACAUAUCGUGGUAAAGAUUAUGUGGUCAUUGUCGACAGGUACUCUAACUGGCCGAUGGUAUUCCGAUCCGAGUCCGGCGCCCAUGGCUUAGUCAAGCGACUAAGGGAGUCAUUUGUAACAUUUGGCAUACCAGAGGAAAUGACGUCUGAUGGAGGUCCUCAGUUCACUUCCGGGAUAACACAAGAGUUUCUCAAGUCAUGGGGAGUACGACAUAGGAUCACGUCAGUCGCAAACCCCCAUGCAAAUUGCAGGGCAGAGUUGGGAGUCAAAACAGUCAAGCGAAUGUUGGCAGACAAUGUUGGCCCAUCGGGCUCUUUGGACGUUGACAAGUUUUCAGCGCGCCAUGCUGUUAUAUAG